AUGCAGUACGCCAUUGAUUACGUGUUCGACACGAGGGAUACGGUAGUCUCCGAACUCCGUCAGCUGCAUCCGUUCGUACUGAUUGGAACCACUUUUCUGGUGACCUACGUGUUCAAUCAGCUCAGACACUUGCAUUUGGAUGAGUUUGGUGAGUCUCAUAAAACCGGGUCAUCAUCAACUUGAUCAGUCUGAUCUUCUUUCUAAAAGUGUCAUUGUGUGCGUAGUUUGAAUGAUUGUUCCGCUAAUCCUCAUCUCAUCCGGACUAAUUCGUUCCAUUUUGUAGGCCUUCGGAAACGAAUGAAAACUUGGUUCUUUGAAACAGUGAAGAGCAUACCCCUCGUGAGAAAUAUGAUAGACGUGAGUGGCGACUCACUUAUCAGCCCGUCUAGACAGUUUAUAUUUAGAAGCAACUUAACGAGGUCAAAGAUGAACUCAAGAAGAGCCUUCUCAUUGAUCGCAACUUCCGAUAUUUUAAAGCCCUCCCGAGCAAAUCAAUCGGAAGAGAGGAGGUCCUUCGAGUGGCAAACGCCUAUGAUCAACUGGAGAGUCCUUCUUAUCUGGAGGGCAGAGUGUCCGGAGCAGUCUUCAACAGGGAAGACGAUACGGAAGAAAGGGAAAUGUACGAGGAAGUAUUCGGAAAGUUCGCGUGGUCCAACCCGCUCUGGCCAAAACUGUUCCCGGGUAUUCGAAUAAUGGAGGCUGAAGUUAUCAGAAUGUGUUGCACGAUGAUGAAUGGAGACAAGGAAACGUGCGGAACUGUAAGACAUUCAACAUUAACUGACCGCAUCUUUAAAGACAAGUUUCAGAUGUCAACUGGAGGAUCCAUCUCCAUCCUUCUCGCUUGUCUGGCACAUCGUAACCGUCUGUUGAAGCGCGGAGCCAAGUACACCGAGAUGGUCGUUCCCUCAUCUUGUCACGCCGCCUUCUUCAAAGCCGCCGAGACAUUCCGCAUCAAAGUCCGCAAGAUUCCAGUGGAUCCGAUCACCUUCAAAGUGGACCUUAAUAAGAUGAGAGCCGCCAUUAACCGCCGCACCUGCAUGCUUGUCGGGUCCGCUCCGAACUUCCCGUUCGGAACAGUCGACGACAUUGAAGCCAUCGGUCAGCUGGGUCUUGAGUUCGACAUUCCCGUGCACGUGGACGCCUGCCUCGGCGGAUUUCUGCUGCCUUUCCUCGAAGAAGACGAGAUCGCUUUCGACUUCCGCGUGCCCGGAGUGUCCUCGAUCUCCGCAGACAGCCACAAAUAUGGUCUGGCUCCCAAGGGGUCCUCGGUCGUUUUGUACCGCAACACGGAACUCCUUCACAACCAAUAUUUCUGCGACGCCGAUUGGCAAGGAGGAAUCUACGCGUCGGCGACCAUGGAAGGAUCCAGAGCCGGACACAACAUCGCACUGUGCUGGGCGGCCAUGCUGUAUCACGCGGAGGACGGCUACACUGCCAAUGCGAGGAAGAUUGUUGAGACGACCAGACAAAUUAGGGAUGGGUUAGUGAUCGAAGAGCAUGAGCAAUGCUUGUGAGAACUUGACAUUUCAGACUUGCCAGCAUUCCGGGAAUCAAAAUCCAGGGCCCGAGUGAUUUGUGCAUCGUCAACUGGACGACUGAAGACGGCGUCGAGCUCUACAGAUUCCACAACUACAUGAAAGAACGAAAGUGGCAAUUGAACGGACUGCAAUUCCCAUCUGGGUGAGUAACUAUUAAAACUACUUGAGACACCAUCCAAUUCAAUUGCAGAGUGCACAUCAUGGUCACCAUGAAUCACACCCACGAGGGACUCGCCGACGCUUUCCUCAAGGAUUGCCGAGAAGCGGUCGAGUUCGUCCGAUCCAACAAGCCGACGGCGUCCGAUAAAAGCAGCGAGGCGGCCAUCUACGGGCUCGCGCAGAGCAUUCCCGACCGUUCGCUUGUUCACGAGUUCGCCCACAGUUACCUGGACGCUGUAUAUGCUCUCCCCGAAUAG